UGGUUCAUUCUGCUUUCAGCUUUUUUGCCGAGAACAACAACGAAAGAGAGAGUAUAAGUGAGUGGGGAAACCGGAACGGCAGAAUCACGGCAAACGGCAUGCAAAGCGUGUAAAUGCACAAAAGAUGAUGGAGGCAUUGGAUAAGAAACAAACCAAGCCGACGUCUAACCAGGAUGCUGAUGAAGCGGGAGCAGGAACUGGCUCUGGGAAUGGAGCAGCAGGAGGAGCUGUCGGCGAGGAGGACGAGAUUGAAGACCCUCAUCAUACGCUGGGCGUGGAGAAGGAGGCGAGCGAGAAACUCUUACCGGCGCAAGAGCAGGAGCAGGAGGAGACUCGGAGCACCCAUGACGUGAUAGACUUGACUCUGGCAAAUGGCCAGGACAGCAGUGAUGGGCACGAGAAAGCGUCGGAAGACGGCGAAGCUUAUGAAGAUGCCGGGGAAUACCCAGAGGAUCAAGUUGAAGGAGAGAAGGACAGAGAUAAUCAACAGACGGGAGAAUAUGUUCAGUCCACGGAUGAAGUAGACCAUCAGCAGGAUGAUAAUGCCCAGCUGGAGGACGAUGUUCAGGAGCAGCAUGAGUAUGCGUCUCUUAAAGAUAAGGGUGUCCAGCAGAAUGAUAAAGAAGCCCAGCAGGAGCAUGAGGAUGUCGAGCAACCGAACGAUGAUAUCCCAGAAAGCAGUCCAAUUCUUUUGGAAGAGAAGGACCUAUUAUCGAAGGUUAAAGUAAAGUCGGAGCUGGACGAGGAGAUAGAUUCUCCAAGUGAUAAUCAAAUGGAGUUCUUAUCUGAAUCGGAAGAUGAGCCUAAACUCGAGCCCCCAGAGGCCAAACCGCAGCUGAAGGAAGAAAACGAAUUUGAAGAGGUUCAUAAAACGUCUCAUCCUGAAAAUGUCGAGUCUGAAAGGGAGAAUGAGGAUGAGGCGACACCACCUCCCAUCGAUGUCGACACUGACAGUGGGGCGGAAGAGUUUCUUUCUAUUAAUGACACCAAAAGUCCUGCGGUGGAUAGUGAUGGGGAAAAUAAGGAACCAGAGGCAUCAAGAGAGGCACCUGCUGAGGUGUCCUCGUCCCCCGCGGCGGUUCUCGUCCAAGAUAGAGAAGCAACGCCGCCACCCACUUUGGAAUCUCCUCAAGUCGACUCGGAUGAAGAAGACUCUCCGGCGCUGACAAUGGACGUGGAUAUCCCCAGCAGCGAUGAGAAGGAUUCAACCCCUGAAGUUCAAAUCAAGUCCGAGACGAAAGUUGAAGCUCCCAGUGAAGGCUUUAAAGAAUCUAUCGUCGAUCCGCCGUCGCCUAUUAAGCUGAAUGGGGCUUCGCAUCCCGAACCGAAGGAAGAGGAGAAGAAAUCAGAGGUAAAGGUGGGAAAGGACGAGAUCGAAGAAGAACCUCAAGAGCAGGAAGCCCCCAUUGAAGAGCCAGGCCAAGAGCCAGAAUUGUCUGUGAUAACAAACCACUCGGAAGAGACUCAUAACGUUGAGCCUGCACCACCACCAGCAACAACAGCCGAUGCUCGCGUGGAACCUGCCGCAGCCCUUCCUAUGCUCCUUCCGACUCGGAGCCGCAGUGGUAGCACCAGCAGCGGCAGCAGCACGGUUAGUUCCGCAUCGCAGCCCCAGCUGGUCAUCGAUCACACCGACAGCGAGCACAAUAGCAGGGUGCCAUCCCAGAAGUUGCCCUUGAAGCGCAGGCGCUGCAAAAGUUCCACCGGCAGCCAGCCCGAGAAGCAGAUGAAGUUGGACGAUAGCGGUCCCUCUUCGUCUUCGCUCCUUCUGCAACGCCUCCAAGCUCCGCCAACGACAUCCACAACUAAUGGGCCGCUCAGCUGCGCCAAGUGUGAUCUGCAGUUCAAUUCCGAGAGCUUCCAACAGCUGAACGAGCACCAGGCUCAGUGCAGCGGCUCGAAGAGUUCGGGCUCUGGUGACACAAAGAGUGCGAGCUCUGGUGACACGAAGACUGCUAGCUCUGGUGACACGAAGAGUGCGAGCUCUGGUGACACGAAGACUGCUAGCUCAGGUGACGCGAAGACUGCUAGCUCGAGCGGCACCAGAUCGUCGCGCCUAAAGAAGGAGCGGUUCUUCCGCUGCGCCCAGUGCAACAGUGUCCAUCAGUGCUGGAACUUCUUCCUUCACAUGCGCGAGGUCCAUCAACGUUACAUCUGCCUCUAUUGUAACCACGUGUACCCCAGCGUGGAGAAGCUCUCGUUGCAUCUCGAGAACAAGCAUGACAUCGACCAGAGCCACUUCGCGAAGGAGGCUUGGGCCGCCCAGCAGGGCAAGGAGGAUCGGCUGAGGCAUUUGAUCUGCUGCACCUGCCAGACCACUUUCGUCCAGGGCACCGAGUUUGAGGAACACGACUGCUCCCAGCUGAUGCAGCCGUGUGCCCUGUGCGGCGAAAGAGGUGGCCAUGUGCUGGGCUGCAGGAACAGCAAGCGGAAGCCGAUUAGGAGAAGGAGAAGGCCGCGCAAGCUGCCGGAUCAGGCUAUUCCGCCGCCGCCAGAAGUAAAUCCCCCGCCGCCGCAAGUAAAUCCCCAGUCUCAGGUACUUCCCGCGCCACAGGUACAGGCACAGGCGCAGCAGUAUAUACCUCAUGGAGAAAUCCCGGCGCAGGAACUGCCACAAGCGCCGUUCCCACAACAUCAGGCUUCUCAGGACAUGUAUCCAGUUGAGAACAUUCCAGCUCCCGAGCCUAUCGAGGAUCCCCCAGCGCCGCCCAUUCCCAAGUUGGUUGUGCCCAAGAUUAUGUUGCGGGUGCCCAAGGAAUUCCAAAAGUCUGUGGAUGCUGCUCUGAGCAGCACGGACACCGAGGAUGAGGAGAUCGAGGCGGCACAGACAUCGGAGGAAGCGGCGCCAGCGCCUGCAGAGGAUGUGGUAGCAUCACCUCCACCUGCUCCGUUCACCAACAGUCUCGAUGAAUCGCCGUCGGCCAAGCUGAGUAGGGUUCUCGCCGAGUUGGAGCGCACCAAGCUGGACAUUGAGCGUACCAAGGCGGACAUGAUUCACAAGAAACAAUCCAAGGUGAUUCAGGCCCAAGAAGAGGUUCGGGCAUUGGAGCCACAGGUGGUGGAUCCUCCGCUUCAGCUACAGCAGCAGGCACAGCCGGAAGAGCAGCGUCGUUGGUCGCUGACACCGCCAGCCUCUCCGCACAACAAUACCAACCACAUAAAUCUGCCGGAGCAGCCUCCAGCUCCAGUCAUCACCGAGUUCCAAGAUCGAGCCGAUGCAGUGCGUCGCAACAGCUUGGGCAGCGAUUGCAUGGACAUCGACGACACCAUAAAUGGAGCCGAAACGGGCGACCGAAGGGAUCAGCCGGUAGAAGCAGCGGUGCCAGCUCCUCAACCCUUUGAAGAACCCGAAAUCCUGGAAGUAACCGAUCCACCGCCGCCUCCACCACCGGCCGAUGGCAUCGUAGUGGCUGGACCAGAGACGCCGACAAUGGACCUGCAACUGGACCGCGCGCUCGACAAGAUUCCGAUGAUUGAGUUCGUGCGACUGUGCCUGCGGACCGUUUAUGCGACGUGCCUGUACUGCAACCAUGCGAGGAGAAUUGCCGUCAAUGGAAAGCAACUAGUCCUGCACAUGAUCCGCCAGCACAGAUUCACAGCCACGGUCGACAGCAUCACCGCCGAGGAGUUGCACGCCGAGACUAUUGUGGCGCGGCUCAAGAGCUUCCUGCCGCAGCUCGAACAGGAGUACUUGAAUUCGGCCAGCUACUGCAGCGUGGAGAACGGCAAGUACGUGGAGCCGUACAACGAGCGCAUAUACGAGUGCUUCUCCUGUUGCUUCGUUACCUCGACGCAUAAGGAGCUCUACACCCACAACCGGCGUCUGCACAUCAAGUCCAACAUCACCUGCAUGAUGUGCCAGACCAAUUUCUACAGCUACAGUGAGAUUCUGUGUCACAUCUGUCCCGGCGAGGUGGCGGGAAGUAUCUAUGACCUCAACUUCCGUUGCUGUUUAUGCGAUGUGCCCCCCUUGCCGUCGGCGUUCCGCCUAAUGGUUCACCUGAGGAAGCAGCACCAGGCUUGCGACAUAUGCCUGGAGGAUUGCCAGAACCAGACGAAGCUGUCGGCCCAUGUCUGGAAGCACAAGCUGCUGCAUCUCUGCUAUCGCUGUGGGAUUGCGUACCGCAACAAGCAGGACAUUUCAAAGCAUCUCUUCUGGAAGCAUGGAACGGAGAGUGCCAGCUGCAAGCGAUGUCUCCAGAAGCGCUGGCGGCACGUCUACCACUUCUGUGUGCCACCGGCCCAGUUCUCGUGCGAGCAGUGCGGCUUCAACUUCAGCAAGGCCAUUUACCUGGAGGUCCAUCAGCGGAUGCACAAUGGAGAUUUCCGGUACGCCUGUGCCGAGGAGGGUUGCGAGGAGAAGUUCGUCUCACGGAAGUUACUGCUGAAGCAUGCCAGCAGCCACGUGAUCAAGGAGCUUCCCGCGGAGGCUAUCGAGCCGCCAGGUGACAAUGCUGCUCCGAAAAGCGAGGACGUUAAGAAGGAGGAAGGAGAGGACGCCGAAGCAGAGACACGACAGCCAGACGAGAAGAAUGCUCCUGAAAAUGCGUCCAGGGAGGAGAAGGAAUCAGAGGACACCAAAGACGGUAAAGCUGGGAAGGAUUCGCCGCCGAGCAAGUCUGAAAAUCGGAAGAAGCGCAAGAAGGCCAAACGCAACAAGGAAUCCCUUGCGGAUCUCAACCUUAUUGCCCCCAAUCUCUCAGAGUCGGACAGCAGUGAUGACAGCGACUCGGAUGCUCCGAGGAGCAGCCAUCAGGAGCUGUCUGUUCUGCCCAUGCGAUCCUCUGUGGAUGAUCUGGACAUGCCAAAGGUGAUGCUAUCGCCGUCAUCCGAGAGCGAUGCUGAUGAGCCGGCUGACAGCAAGCCCAAAAUCGAGGAGAAGUCUUCGGAGAAGGCACCAGACGAUACCAAGGAGUCGGUCGAGAAGGAGGAGUCCUCCACCAUAGCCGAGACGGAGGCUAAGAAGGAGGAGACCGAGGAUCAGGUCGAUGUCUCCAUUUGGAAGAACCUCUUGCAGAACCAACCGGCCAAUGACGAAGAUCAACCGACAGUCAAGCAGGAGGAGGAGAUGGAAAUCGAGAUGGCCAACAAACCACCAGCCAAGCUACAUGUGGCGUGGUCCGAUCACGAUUACUGCAAGCUGCAUCGUACACCUCCGCCAUCGCCCGUUAAGAAACCGGCCACCCCCAAGUCCGCCAAGAAGGGGGCUGGAAGGCACAACGCCUCCAGCGACAGCGACAGUUCCAGCAGCUCCAGCUCGUCGGACUCGGACUCAUCGAGCUGUUCCUGCGGCUCGAACUGCAGCUGCAGCUCCAGCAACAGCAGCAGUUCCAGCGACGACUCGGAUGAUUCUGCCAGCUCCACUGCAGGAGGAUCUCCGCAAAAGCGACAGCGCAAGAAGUCGAUUCGCCAGAAGAAGUCUUCCGAGUCAGUGGCCCGGGGAGAGCAAAACGAUCGCGAGAAGGAUUCGGAGAACGCUAAUGUCUCGGUCAUGAACGAGGAGAACCAGGCAGCUCCGCCUUCGCCGAAGCCGCCCAUGUACAAUGAGUCUGACUUCGACACCAAUGUCUCGGACACGGACGAGGAGUUCUAUGAUUCUCAUCCCCAGAAGCUGGCCAACGAGCUGCUGGCCCAGAAGCGCGAGGCCCUCCUGGCGGAGCACGCCCCUCUGCGACCGAGCAACAACUACGACAUUGUGGAGAACAGUCGUCCGUCGACUCCCUCCUUGCCGGAGGAGGCGGCCGCCUUCGCCGAGAAGCGUGAGCGUGUGAAGAACAAGAAAAAGAAGCGAGAACGAAAGUCUACGUGCAAGUCGGGCAAGAUGCCGUCUGCGAUGACCAACGAUCACCUGGGUAUGCCCGGAGUGGUGCCCUUGCCAGUGGAGCCGUCGCCAGUCUUUCCAGUUUCUACCGAUUCUUCUCUUUUCCCAGUGACGCCGCUCACCCAUCGCCAUCUCCAGCCCUCGCUGACCCGCAUGAGCGAGGGCAGUAGCUCCGAUGCCGACGGCCAAUUGAAGCGCUCGAAGCGCCAGCGCAGGCCCAACAAGUUCUACGGCUACACCAGCGACGACGAGAACAUGAGCACCAUCUUGGCCCCGCCCUUGCAGGUGGGAAUGCAGCUGAUCAAGCCACAGCCUCCACCACAGCUGACAUGGGCCAAGGAGGACCUGCCCACGCCGCCGAAGCAGCGCAGCCGGAACAACAACCACCAUCAUCACUCGCACAGCAACGGAGGAACACCCCUGGCGGGAUCCUCGUCGAGGAAGCGCAGCAAGCAGCGAUCCCUGCUGGGUGCCGGCAGCAGCUCCAGGUCCGCGAAGCGCCACAAGCCAGACCGCGAGGAGCACCACGGCCUGCCACCCAUUCCCACACUCAAGAUUCGACCCAGUUUGCUGCCCAGCAGUGCUCCACAAUCCGACAGUAGCGACAGCAGCUCGGAUGACGAGGAUGUGGAGGUGAAUGUGACGAGCCUGGUGGACUCCCCGCAUCCAGUCACGCCUCUGGCACCGCCACCACCACCACCCGUGUUGGCGCCUCCGCCUGUGGUAGCACCACCUAUGCCGCCGACGCCGGCCACCACGGCCUUCAACCAGCCCAUUCCGCCCGCUCUGCUGCCCAAUCCCGGCUUCGCCACGCUGCAGUAUUUCAAGGCCAACAACAUCCGGUACCCGAUCCGGCCGCCAGCGGGAGCUCGACUGGCCCGCGAGGGGGAGUGCGUCUACUGCUACUGCCGGUGCCCCUACGACGAGGUGUCCGAGAUGAUCGCCUGCGACGGAGACAACUGUCAGAUCGAGUGGUUCCACUUUGAGUGCGUGGGCAUCAUGGUGGCGCCGCAGGGCAAGUGGUUCUGUGCCGAGUGCCGACCCAAAUACUCUGACGGUGUCUCCCACCCCGGCGCCAAGACACAGUAAAGUGGAUCAGGAAGAUUACGAGCGGAACAGGAUCACAAAAAUAUAAAAAUAUAAUAGGAACCCAACUACAGAAUGGAUUACGCUUAUUAAUUGAUAAAAACAAAAAAAAAAAAAAUAUAUAAAACUUAGUCGCUGAUUCGGUGUGAUCGGCUAAUUAAAAGAUAUCAAUAUCAUACAUAAAAUAAUUAAAAAACAAAACAAAAAAAAAACAAUUAUAAAGUAACGUAUUGUAUAGAAAGUAGAGGAACUCUUCGGAGGACCUCCAUGCUCAAAAAGACCCUCCGAGGAGAGGUCUUCAGCUAAGCUAUUGCAAGUAGCUUAUAUAUUAUUAUACCAUAUACAUAUAAAUAUAUAUAUUUCUGUAUACCCUAAAUAUUGUAUGUAAAUACCAGGAGCUGCAUAUUUCUUAUGCAGCUUGUAAAAUAGUUAGGAUACGUGAGAGGUCCCAUCAACAAGUUAGUAGGCGUGUUGGGCUUAGCAAUCCCUCAAGUAUAGAUUAUAACUAAAUCUAUGUAUAGCUGUAUCUAAACCUAAACGUGUAAUGACUAUUGAUAAAAAUCAUUUCUACAAUUUGGAUGCAGAUCGGAUUGCAAUCCAAUAAUGAGAGAAAUAAAAGUGCAGAAAGCGAAACUUUGCGAUGUAAAAACUAA